CAUUCAUUCUCUUGUUUCCAAAAUUGUAUUUUGAGGGGGCGUGCAGCGUGUCAAAGGAUAAUCAGUCAAAGAUAUAAUUCCCCAUCAAUAUCUUCCCUUAAUCAAGCCUACAAUCAUGGGAUUAUAUUUUCUGUUUAUUUGAUUAUUAUUCUCUCCUUAAUUUUAGCUAUUGUAAUUUAUAUAGUCCGAGUUUCGUACCAACCGGCAGCCGCAUCUUUCAAUAUCAUUACAUAUUCAGUAUCUAACCUCCGCUCUAUGGCUUGAUUACUUGAUUGGAUUGGAUUUGCUUUGCACUUAAUACUAUCAUCGUUUGCAUAAUUUCUUAGCAUCGAAACGAAUUGAAACAAAGGAUGAGAACAGGGUCUAGUAGUAGGUUGUUUAAGAUUGGGAAGAAGUUUUGCUUCCCAGAUGUUCCAUCGAGUUGGGUUUCUAGGACUGUGGAUUCCAUACUGCACUUUCAAGAUCACCGCCCUAAAGACCAAAUAUUGAAGAUGGGGGGUUUUGAUCAUCGAACCCUGGGAAAGCCACUGCCAGACCAGAUGCAGCCCCUUUGGGUACGUGAUCAUACUGUUAAGGAUGGGUUUACGUGGUGUAUGCACCAUUAUGAUCAAGUACAUGAUUGUUUACAUGAGAAAAUAGAUGACAAUGAACACCAAAUUCCCUUUACCAAAGGCGAUCCCUUGCCCUUCGAUCUUAUGUCCUUGUUGUCCCCCACCACUAAUGGAUACGACAGAAAGAGGGGUUACUUGGUCCGAAAUGAUGGCCUUAGAGUUGAGAUUGACACUCUUAGGGGAAAGAACAUCUUGUUUUGUUGCUUUUUCGUGCCUCAGUUCUGGCUAGAUUCAGACCGUUGCUAUGCUAUUCGCAGGAUAAUUACUGCAUAUUCUAAUCUACCCAAAUCCGAUUAUGAGAUGGUUAUGGUGGCUAAAAUGAGACGAAACUGGGCUAAUGAUGAGGAUGCUUUCAACCACUUCUUUUCAGCUUUUCCUUCCUCCUGGCUUGCAGUCCCUUUCUCUGACACGUUGAGUCGUGACAAAAUAUGCAACUCCCUUGGCCUUUUUUCGGACUCAGUGGGUCUUCUAGUAGACCACCAUCAAAAGGUUGUUGAGCAUAAACCUUCUUUGUGGUAUAAUGGACUUUCCUUUCCCCCCUUUUUUGAUCCUGAAUUUGAUUAUUCUUGGUGGAAAAUUCACACCCACCUACAUUCAAAUUUAGACUCUGAAUUUGUUUUCAAUAUAAAUAAUAAUGCUGCUGGGGCUAAUGAUUUUGUAACUGUGGGUAUAGAUCUUGAGAAUAAAGUCUCGGUUUUUGAACUCAAAGAUAAGCUUGUGGGGUUGUAUUUGUGCUAUGAUGGCACCUUGAUUCGGACGCUCAACUUGCUUUCUCAAGAAUGUAAGGCUCGGGACCAGGAAUUCCACAUCGUCCUCGUCUACUUACCUUACAGAGACAGCUCGGAUCCACUAUUGUUCCAGGAGGCUAUCAAUCAUGUCUUACAUAAGCUCAAGAUAUCUGCUAAUCCUCAUUGGUGGGUUUCACCGUUCAACGACUUUGUAAGCCGCAGGCUCUGGGAAAUUGGUUUAAGCUAUUAUCACCAUGACGAAGAGGAUGAACUGGUCAUUUUGGACCCCAAGAUGAAUAUUGCGGAUCACUUGGGAAAAUAUGUUAUUAACCGGUUGGGUAUCAAUGGAUAUCCCUUCACCAGGCACUCCCUUGUGCAGAGAGAAUUGGAAGCGAUAAGGGCAGUCACCUUAGAGUCUUUGCUGGUUUAUGGGUCACGGGAUUAUGUUCUUCGCAUGAAUUUGACUAAUCAUAAUGAUAUCAGCAAUGGCAUUGAUGAAGUGCCUAUAGGCGAACUGCGGGGAAAACAUGUCCUUCUCUACAUUGACCUAGUGGAAACGCCAUCAGACACCUAUUAUACAUUGCUUGAGUGGUACAAUCAAAAUAAAACAGCAAGGGUCGCUGAUUUUGAAGUGGUAUUCGUUCACUUUGAUGGCGAAGCUAGUACAUCUUUUGGUAGUCCAAAGCCAAUGCCAUGGUUGGUGUGCCCCUUUGACCCCCAACACACAGUUUUUGUGAAAGAAAAGAUACUGAUGGGCUGUACAUAUAAAGGUAUUCUUGCAGCAUUUGAUAAAGAUGGCCAUCUCAUUACAUUAUUUGCUAAAGAUCUUCUAGACUCGUUUGGGCCUGAGGGAUUCCCAUCAUACAAUGGCUUGCACAAUGAGGUGGUUCUCCUUAUAGGGGAUCAAUAUCUCCUAGAAAUGGAUGAUUUGUUAGAUAAUGGCCCUGUGAAAGGCGAUCUAUUUGGCAGCCUUAGGUUAGAGAACAGCCUUUACUCAUAAUAAAUGCAUCUUGUCAUGAAUGUCACGACCUUUUCCCUAAUUAAAUUAUUUUUCUUUCCAAUUAAUAUUUUCUAUCUAUCAAGUAUCUCUCUUAGCUUCUUAA